AUGCCUUGCCCUAUUCCACAGCCCAAGGGAUAUCCCGUUAUCGGGAACCUCUUUGAUAUGGACACGGGAAAUGUCUGGGCUUCACUGAACAAGCUAGCAGCAGAACACGGCGACGCCGGUAUCUUCAAAGUCAAGAUUCUCAGCAAGCAACUCGUCUUCAUUACGAAUGCCGCUCUUCUCGAGGAGAUAUGUGACGAGAAACGUUUCCGAAAAUGCGUCACUGGUCCAAUAGUCGAGAUCCGUCACCUCGCCCAUGACAGUCUCUUCACUGCAUUCCACAACGAGGAAAGUUGGGGUAUUGCCCAUCGCAUCAUGGCACCCUUCGUUUCACCGGAAGCUAUCAGAGAAAUGCACAGAGACAUACAGCUCACAACAAACGACCUGAUCAAGAAAUGGACUUCGACAACCGGUAAAGAGCACGUAGAUGUUUCCAACGACCUAGACCGUCUCAACCACGCCGCCAACAUGCAAUGCUUUUUCAGCCAGCACAUAGACUGCGUCCUCGGCGAAGAACCCGCCGUCCUCAAAGCAAUGACAGCCACAACCUUCGAAGCCGUCCGUCGCCCAACAAGACCCAAACUCCUCACCCGACUCUUCUACCAAAGUACAUUCGACAAAGACAUCCAAACCAUCCGCUCCUACUGCGCCCAGAUAAUCGCCCACCGACGCAAAAACCCCAUCGAUAAACGAGAUCUCCUCCACGCCUUACUAUACUCACAAGACCCCCAAACCGGUGAAUCCCUACCAGACAACCGCGUAAUCGACGAAAUAAUCAACAUCUUCAUCGGCAGCGCAACGACCCCAAACCUCCUCGUCUUCACCAUCUACUACCUAACCAAGAACCCCUCAGCCCUAACACGCGCCCGACACGAAAUCGACACCCUCCUCGGCACAAAUACUACCCUGGAACACUCCCAUCUCGCGCACUUACCCUACUGCACUGCGAUCCUCCGCGAAUCCCUCCGUCUCUGCGCAACGGCACCGGGCUUCAACAUCGAGCCUUUACCCGGCAACGGACCCGUACUUCUCGGCGGCGAGUACGAGAUCCCCGCUGAUCAGCCGCUGAUCGCGAUCCUGGCGGCUGUGAAUAGGGAUCCGGCGGUUUUUGAGGAGCCGGAGGCGUUCAAGCCGGAGCGCAUGCUUGGUGAGGCUUAUGAGAGGCUUCCUGGUGGUGUGAAGAAGGGGUUUGGGAACGGGAAGAGGGCUUGUUUUGGGGAGAGGUAUGCGUGGACAUGGGCUCUGUAUGUGCUUGUUAGGGUUAUUAGGGAGGUUGAGUUUGAGUUGGUGGAUGGGGGUUAUAGUUUUGAUAUGGAGGGGAGGAAUUUUAAUGGGGCUUUUAGUGUUAGGCCUUAUGGGAUGGUUAUUACUACGAUGAAGAGGGGGAGAAAGCUAGGACGGGAGUGA